AUGACGACGACAACGUCGACUCCAUCAAGUUCUAUAGCACCUCCAAUCUCAUCAUUUGAUCCACAAUUACUUAAACUUCUUGCACGUCAUCAUCAUCAUUUUAAUCAACAACCAAGUGCAAAAGAAUUUCUUCAACAUGCAUUUUAUUUUAAUCAUCCACCGCCUAAUACAGUAGCUACCUUAUCACCACGACAUCAUCUAAGUAAUGGUUUAUCAAAAUUAAAUACAGAAAAUUCAACAUCAAAUACGAAAUUAUCAUCCAUAACAACAACAACAACAAAUGGAAAACUUGAUCAACAACAAAUAAUAUCACCAAAUAAUACUCAAAUUAAAAAACCAAUAAUUCAACAACAACAAGUGAAAGACGCUCUUGCUUUUGAUCAAUGGCUUCAACCACCACUUGGUUCUAUCAUACAAGGUCCACCAUGUCUUCAACCUGAUACAUCAUCAUCAUCAUCAUCGUCAUCAUCAACUUCUUCUGCAACAGCAGGUUCGAAAUGUGAAACAACAUUAUCAUCAGGUGAACGCAUUACAUGUUUUGUUGUGGGCGGUGAAAAACGUUUAUGUUUACCUGAAAUAUUAAAUACUGUUUUAAAAGAUUUUUCAUUACAAGAAAUCAAUGCCGCAUGUGAACGUUUACAUAUUUAUUGUUCACGUUGUACAAAUGAACAACUUGAUACUCUUAAAAAGACUCAAGUUCUACCAAUGAAUGCUCCAUCAUGUGGUUUAAUAACACAAACAGAUGCUGAACGUCUUUGUGCAAAUUUAUUACAACUUCAUUAUAAAGGACAAUUACAUACAAUUAAUUCAGCUACAACAAAUCCAUAUGAACGUUUAUAUUCAAUAAAAGUUCAACAUAAAUGUUUUGGUAAAUGUUCCGGUACAUUAUAUCCUACAUUAUAUAUUGCUGCACAAGCUGAAUGUAUACAAUGUGAUACAUGUCAAGCUUUAUUUUCUCCAAAAACAUUUGUUUCACAUGGACAUAAAUCAGAAGAAAAUCGUAUUUGUCAUUGGGGAUUUAAUUCCGAUAAUUGGCGUUCGUAUUUAAAAAUACGUUCAACAGAAGAUAUGAAAGCACGUGAAGAAAUGGAAUUAUUUAAAGAAAAAUUUCUCCAUAGUCAUAGUACUAUUAAUCAAAAGAAACGUUUAACACAACAACAGGAUUGCUUAGUAUCAACAGAAAAACGUUUAAAAUUAGCUCCAUCAUCAUCAACUGAUGCUUGGCCCUAUCCAUAUAAUCAGUCAAAUUAUGUAUCUAUGAAAAAAGAUAAUCAUGGAGAAUAUUCAUUUGGUGCAUGUUUGCCACGACCAUCAUUGAUUGCUCCUCCAUUACCAUUAGCAUUACCCAUAGAAACAACAACAACAGCAACAGCAUCGAACAGUUGUCCACGACCUUCACCAUUACGAGUUGUUCAAUCAAAUUCACCAGUACCAAAUGAACGACCAGCUCCGUCCAUUACAAAUUUUAAUGAUUUUACACCAGAUGGUAUUCGACAAAUCGUUGAAUCUACUGUAUCAUCUCCACGUUCUCGUCAACAAUUAAUAACAUAUAUAUCUCAAUUACAAUUACAUACUUAUACGCAAUCAUCAAGGACAAAUUCGACUGUUGGUGAUACACAUCAACAAAAUGAAAUUGUUUUAUUAAGACGUGAAAAUGAAUUACUUCGUGAACGUUUAUCUAAAAUCGAAAAUAAUCAAAUAUCAUCAAAUUCAAGUACAAUUAGUAAUGGAAGUAAAUUUUCAUCAAAUGAGAAUAAUCCACAACAUGAUAGUAUUGCUGGAGAUUCUGAUGAUCUCGAUUCAAAUGUUUCAUCACAAAGUGUAUCAUCAUCAUUAGUUGCACAUGAAACAACAAAUGAACAACCUAAAUAUUUUGAUCGUAAACGUCGUUUAUUAGCAGCUGAACAACAAAUAUCAACAUCCGAAACAGAUACAUUAGUUAUUAAAAAAUCCAGUCCACAUAAAAAAGCUUGUUUAGAUGAUAUUGUUGAUACAUUAAAUCAAAAAGCUCAAGCUGAAAAAUAUGACGAAGAUGAACAAGAUGAAAAUAUUAUUAAUGAACUUGAAAUAAAACAAGAACAAAAUGAUGAUGACGAUGAUGAUGAUGAAGAAGAAGAAGAAGAAUUACUUGAUGAAACAAAUAAUAAUAAUAAUAAUAAUAAUUCAGAACCAUCAUCAACAACAACAACAACAGAAAUAGAAGACGAAGAAGAAGAAGAAGAAAAAGAGGAAGGAGAAGCAGAAGAAGAAGAAGAGGAAGAUAUUGAUGUUGAUGGUGUUAAACUUACAAUCGAUGAUCACCACUAA